AAAUACUCCUUUGCUUCAACUGAUAAAAUAUUAGACUUUUUUUUUACAUCAAAUAUAGAGUAUGAAUCGAGUGUUUUUUUUUUUUUUUUUUUACUAUAAAAUAUUCAUACUGAUUAAAAUUUUUCUCCCUCCUCAGAUCUAGUCAUCUAGUCUACGCCAAAAGAAAUUUCAACCCUUGUUUCUCGUCCUUAAUCCUUCCUAAUUGAUAAAAAAUCACGCGUUUGUGGAUUUUUCUUCUAAUUUCUCUCUUGGAUCUGUAAGUUUAACUCUUCAAUUCAAAGUUUUAAUCUUUUUCUAUGUUUUGAUUGAUUAAAGUUUUGAUCUUUUCUUAAUUCUGAUUUAUUCAAUCAUAUAAUUUAUCAAUUUUUGAUUAUAAUCAUCCUUAUUGUUGAUAUAAAAGAUGGUGGAUAGAGAGUAUUCACCAGUUCCUCAAGAAAAAAAUGUAGAAUUGCAAAAUAAGAACCUUAAUUCAGUUCAUUUGUCGAUUGAUGAUAAUGGGUAUAGAAAAUCAUCCAAUGGGAUUGAUCAAUAUGAUAGUAAUAGUGAAAUAGAUGAUUCGGAAUUUGUUCAUUACCCUGAAUACCCUCUUAUAAUUGGUGGGAUCGGUAAAGGUUCAGGUGUUCCUGGUGCAGUUUUCAAUCUUACUACUUCUAUAAUUGGGGCUGGGAUUAUGGCUUUACCUGCUGCAAUGGGUGUUCUUGGUUUAGGGUUUGGGUUGGUUUUAAUUGUUGUUAUUGGAAUUUUAUCAGAAAUUAGUGUUGAAUUGUUGGUUAGAUUUGCUGUGCAUUGUAAAGCAAUGUCAUAUGGGGAAGUUGUUGAGUAUGCCCUAGGUCGCCCUGCAAGGAUUUUUUCCGAAAUUUGUAUUAUUGUGAACAAUGCAGGGGUUUUGGUUGUUUAUCUGAUUAUUAUUGGUGAUGUGAUGUCGGGUUCAUAUCAUCAUAUUGGGGUUUUUGAUCAGUUGAUGGGUGAUGGGGUUUGGGAUCAUAGGAAGCUUGUAAUUUUGGUGGUCUUAGUUGUUUUCCUAGCGCCAUUGUGUGCAUUGGAAAAGAUUGACUCCUUAAGCUUAACUUCAGCUGCUUCGGUGGCUCUUGCGGUGGUUUUUGUGGUUGUUACAUGUUCCAUUGCUAUGGUUAAGCUUGUUGAAGGGAAAAUUGAGGCUCCAAGGAUGACUCCUGAUUUUAGCUCAACGAAGGCAAUUGUGAACUUGCUUGUGGUGAUCCCCGUCAUGACUAAUGCUUAUGUAUGUCAUUUUAAUGUGCAACCUAUUUACAAUGAACUUGAUGGUCGUUCCCCUCAAAAGAUGAAUCGUGUAGUAAGAAUCACAACAGUUGUCACUGUUUUGGUUUAUGGUUUUACCGCCUUUUCUGGAUAUUUGUUGUUCGGAAAGAACACUGAAUCUGAUGUUCUAACCAAUUUUGAUACAGAUCUUGGAAUCGCUCAUAGUGCUAUCCUGAAUUACAUAGUUAGAAUAGGAUACAUUCUUCAUCUAAUUCUUGUUUUUCCGGUUAUUCAUUUCUCAUUGCGGGAAACUGUUAACGCCUUGAUAUUUGCGGAUUCAUCUCCUUCAGUGAGUAAGAAAAGGCUUUAUAUCCUAACUUCAGUAUUGUUGAUCUUAAUGUAUCUUGGUUCAACGUUUAUUCCGAGCAUCUGGACUGCUUUCAAGUUUACCGGUGCCACAACGGCAGUGUCAUUAGGUUUCAUAUUCCCAUGUCUUAUAGCAUUGCGGUUGGAUGGGAAAGAAUUGGAUUUAAACCGUGGAGAGAAGUUAUUCUCAUGGGUCAUGCUCGUAGUAGCUGCAAUUGUGGGUGUCAUUGGAAUCAUUGGUAACGUUUAUGGGCUACGACGCAAUUUCGAUUGAUCUUUUUCAAAAAUUAGGCGUCUUUCAGUUGAUAUUCUUUGAGAUGAUGAUGAGCCUCAUACAAGUUAAAUCAGAUCUUGAGGAACCCUUGGAACUCCAAAGUGUAUUAUAGCACUACCGAGUUUUUUCGAUUUGUGAUUUUUCCACAAUAGGCCGUGGCCAUUAUUUUUAACCGCUAUUGCAUUAUGGAUGUUGAUCCGAUGAUCUUAUUUGUGCUCCAAUUAAGAGGCUGUGAGCCUGUGACGGAUUGUACGAAAUUUGUUUGAUGGUUUGACGUGGACGUGGAGAUUUUUUUGGAGGAUUGCAAUAUGCUCAAGAAAUUGGAGACUCCAAGGAAUGUAAGCAUGACUUCAUUGCACAAGUUUGCAUGUUAUCCUUCAAACUUCAUUUCGUGUAAUGCUUUAUAUCAAUCUGUUCUAGAACACAAUAUUGUGUUUUGAUGCAAAUUUGUAUUUUUCUAGGGGAAAUUACUCAAUAAACACACCUAUUACAUUAUUUGUAGAAUCCAUCUAGUCUCUUAUACCUAUUUUUUGUAAUUUUAAUGAUAGCUUUACAUGAUUACAUCAAUGAAAAUUGCUCGACUUUUUUCGGCUACUUGUUUUGCGUCAAUCCCAAACCGUGUUCAGGUCUUAGUAUUCCUCUUAAGUUUCAUGCCUUUUGUUGCACUUCAAGAUGGGCGGAUUUAAGGGGAGGUCAACGAGGUAAUUAUCACUUAAAUUCAAAAUAAAAUUAGAUAGUACGAGUAAAUAUAUACUAAAUUAGUUGGUCAAAACUUGGGAUUUAAUUAAUGGGAAUUUGUAUAAUAUAUUUUCAUUUCCUUGUUUGGUAUGUUAAUGAGAAUAAGUUGAAAAUUAUGAAUAUAUGUUGAAAAUAAAAUAUUAAUUUACAAUUUUACUUCAUUAAACAUAAAAAAUUACGUAAAAUUAAAAAAAUUAGGUUAUAAAAAUCUUUUCCACCUAAACCCCAAUUUCUACCAUCUAAUACUUGCCCCAUUAGUAUUAAAACCUUGAAAAUUUAUGGGAAAUAAUCUCAUUGCCCCAUUUCUAAAACCUUGAAAAUAUGAAAUUUUAUGAAAUUUGGGAAUUAAAUUCCCAUUCCCAUCCUGAAUGUCGAAGCCUCUCCCAAAGCGUCUACAGCUGCUGCCUGCUAGCGUCUACUGUGACCUGUCGCCGGCUACCACCUGACCACCGUCCGGAGACCUGCGUCUGCCUGCCAUCUACGGCACCGCUCCAGCAGCCAACUUUGCUCUUCUCUCCCAUCACUAUCAUUAAUCGGACCAUUUCUGAUUUCUCUUCUUUAAGAAUAAGGAGCUAAGAGAACUCUGCUCCAUGUUUCAGCAUGAAUCUUAACUUGCAGCCCUUGAACAAACUGUCGAGAUCAUCAAUGCUAUUUUUCGUGAUGUUGAGUCCAAAUACGAACAACUCAACAAUCAGGGGAAAGAUUGGCUUGCAAAGCUCAAGGAUGCUGUCUAUGAUGCCGAUGAUUUAUUUGAUGAAUUCAACACUGUUGCUGAGUAGUUGAAAAGAAGGCCUGGUGGUAAGAUCUUGAAGAAGGUACGUCGUUUCUUCUCUAGCGAUAACCAAUUGCUUUUCGCUGCUAAUACUUCUAGGAAGAUCAAAAUGAUUAGAAAGAAGUUGGAUAGCAUUGCUAGAGAUCGUACUCAGUUUGGCCUUAGUGAUGUAUACAUACCCGUGAAGAGGAGAGAGUAAACCUUUUCUUAUGUUCAUGAGCGUAGUAUUAUUGGGAGAGAUGCAGAUCAGGAGGCCAAAAUGGAUUUGUUGUUGCAAGGCUUAGACUCUUCAGUAGUAGAUGUCGAGGAUGAUAUUUUUUUCACUAAUUCUCUAUUGAGGUCGUCUCACCGUGAGGCAAUUUCAAUUGGGUCAGCCCAAAUUAUUUUUAAAAUCCCGCUUCCUGUACAAGUGGGAAUACAGUUUCAUUGUUUUUUUUUCUUUUUUUAACUAUAUUUUUUUACUAUUGGGCCUUCUGUAUGGACCCGUCUCAAGGUGAGACGGUCUCAUACAAGACGAGCUGUCUUUCUUGUGAUAAUUUGAGUCAAAUACCUGUUGGAAUGGAGACCCUUACUCAUCUUUGCACAUUGACAAUGUUUGGACUGAGUGCAGGAAGCUCCAAGCAUGCCCAUAUAGUUUACUUAGAGAUUUAAUCCCUUUAAAUGACCUUAGAGGGCAAAUUGAAAAUUAUUUUAGGAUAGGUUAUAUGUAUGACACAACAAGCAUCGAGGAGGAAUGUAUCUGUUAAACAAGAAGCAUAUCAAGGAAUUACGCAUAGUCGAGGAAGAUUUAUAUUUUCGUAUAGAUUCAUACAUUAUUGAUGAAAAAUUACCGGCAACAAAUUUCCAAGUUGGGGAGUUACUCUUGGAAUCUUCCAGUUACUUGUCGAGGUUUCUCUGAAGCAUUUUCCGAGGUUGCAACAUCUACCGUCUCUUAGUCGACUUCAACAUUUGAAAUAUCUUGAACUCCGACACAUGUUCUGUUUGGAGUACAUUGAGGGUGAUAAUGUACCAUUUGUAACUUCUUUUCCAUCACUCGAGGAGCUCAUCCUCGAUGAUUUGCCAAACAUGAAAUUUUUUCUUGAAUGUCCACACGUGAAAAGAUUCCUUUUUGUUAUGAAUGGUAUGUGUGACUUGAGUGCACAUUAAAAGGAUGAAUUCAUGUGUGUGACUCUUGGUUUGAGGAAUCCAAAUGGGUGUAAUUAUGUGGAGAGUAUUCAUGAAGAAUUAUGGGUGUUAAUGAAGAUUAAUGAAGAAAAUGAAAGGGUUUGAUUUAUUGUAAGCUCGAUCAAAAUUCUGACAGAGGAAGCAGUAAGGUCGCUCGACCUACCCGCUCGACCGAGCGAACUAUAUUGGUGGGUCGAGCGGUCAGACAGAAUGCUCCAGAAUGCAGCUGAUACUCACUCGACCGAGUCGCUCGACCGAGCGAGCUCCCUGUUCCGGUCGAACGGAUCCUCUGAUGUGCAUGGGAUGCUUGUUUUCGACCUUUUAAAUCCUUGGAGUUAUUUCAUAGUAUUUAUUACUCAAUAUUAACUAUGUAUUCAAGUGAGCUAUUGAUAUUCAUGUACCUAGUACUAUAUAUAUAACUCUCAUACUCACACAUCAAACACAUAAAACACAACCCCUAAGGCAAACACAUAGCCUUUUGUUUCUAUCUCUUACUCAGUUGUAAUUCUUCAUUGAGAAGUGUUGUUUAUACACAUUUGAUAUAAUAUAAACAGAAACUACACACCACGGAGGACGUAGCCAUCAUUGGGUGAACCUCCUUAAAUCUUUGUGUCCUUUUUUGAUUAGUUUACAUUGUCAAACGUUGUUUUGUUCAUUGUUGUUUGUAUCGUUCUUAGCAUCGUAACGGUUUUGGCAAACAUUUUCACUUUUGGAUGGACUUGAUGAAUCACUAACUUUUAUAGGUUACGCAAGUGCAAGCUCAACGUAGUCUAGUUUUCGUUUGGUAGGUGAUGCUAUUUUCGAUUUGGAGGGUUUACACAUAGACAGAGUAAUGUUGCUGACUUCCCUUUUUGGAGUCUAUACGAAGCAUUCGUGACUUCACUUUGGCCCAUUUGGAAGUGGAGGAUUUAUCGAGUUUUGACAAGUUCUCCAUAGACACGCUCACACAGUCGCGCAUCAUUCAUUCGAUAUAUAUGCAUCGAUAAUUUCCGUAACCUGGAGAUUCUCACGGGGUGGAGUGUCUUACUUUGCGAACACUUUUGAUUCAAUUUUGUCAUAAACUGAAGUCUCUGCCAGAAUCCAUCCUCCCAUCCCUAAUUACGCUUGUUAUAAAUAUUUGCAAAAUUCUAAAGGAAAGAUAAAUAUGGUGAACCAAAUGGAAAAGACUAGUCUAAAGUUAGCCCAUCCCUCAUUUAGUCAUAUACUAAUUGGUACUCCCUCGGUCCCUCUUAAUUCGUACGACUUUCUAUUUUAGUUUGUCUAUUAAAUUUGCACCUCUUUGUUUUUUGACAAUGUUUAUAUUCUCAUUCUUUUAAUCUUUUCUUCUGAACUACUUAUUUUUAUUAUCCGUUUAUUUCUUUUUGUCUUUCUUUUUUUGACUAAUUUUCACUCAAAAAUCAAGUGGUACUGGAUAGGGAUGGCAAUGGGUAUUGGACCCGACCCGGAUCUGGGUCCAAAAAAAUUGGACCCGUCGGAUCCGGAUCGGGUCUGGAUCCGUUUAAAUUUCACGGGUCCGGAUUCGGAUCUGAGAAAAAUACCCAGACCCGGACCCGCGGAUCUGGAGGAUCCGUUUUUUUUUUUUUUUUUUUUUUUAAAUUUUAAGAUUUAAAACCUUAUCCCCUCCCUCACAGUCUCACACUCACUUCCCUCAGGCCUCACGCAGUCAUUCACGCAAUCACGCCCCAUAACCCAUUCCUUCGAAUCUUCGAUUAGCAGUCAGCCAGUCGCAGACUCGCAGUCACUCACAAAGUCGAGCACUCUCAGUCACCGGAGGCGGCCACCGCUUACUCUCAGUCACAAAGUUGAGGGUUUUGAUUGGUGCUAUACAAGGAAGGAAAUGAUGUAGUGUUAGGGAUGUUAUUAUUAUUACUUAUAUUUUGUAGAUUAUCAGAGAUUUUAUUUUCAAAAUCCCAAUUCAUCAAAUGGGGUUGAGUUUUAGAAGCUUCUGGAACCAAAAAUGGGAUUGUUUGGGUGUUUAUAAGAGAUUUUUGGAGGGUUUGAUUGAACCCUUCAGAUUGAGUUAAUUUAGUCUUGUUGGGUGUUUAAUUAAUGAUUGAACCAAAUGAUAAGUAUUAGUAUUGAACCAUAAAGGGAAAAGUUGAUCUCUUUGGUUUGGGUUUGGAUGGUGAUGAUCUAGGGUUUCUUGUUUAGUAGAAGAUGAAGAAAGAGGCCUAAAAAUGGAGGAAAAAAAAAACCAUAACUGGACCCGUUUUGGACCCGGAUCCGGUAUUGGAUCCGCAGUAUCCGCGGAUCCGGAUCCGGGUCUAGCAAAACUGGACCCGCGGAUCCGAGUCCGGAUCUGAAUCCUGUUCUAGAAAACGGAUCUGGAUCCGGGUCCACCUGGACCCGGUCCAGAUCCGACCCGUUGCCAUCCCUAGUACUGGAUAAAAGGAGUAAUUAGUAUUACCCAUCCUAAACUCAUUGUAUUGGCUAAAUUAGUCAAAAGGUUGCCAUCUUCAUCUUUAUGGUCACGGAUAUACUAUUGUAAGCUCUUUUCUUACUUUAAUAAAUAGCAAUAUUUAUUUUUUUAUGUCCUUUUGAAUUUGUUAAAUCAUAUCUAAAUGUUCAUUUUAGUUUAUAUAAUGUAGCAAAUUUAAAUAGACAAUAGUGUGUAUUCUUUUCACUUUCUUAUGAAGAAUGGGUAAAUUUUACAAUCAAUUGGGUUUGGUAACUAGUUAGGCCAUUUUACUGCACAAAUUCUCAAAUGAGACAGUCUUACGGUGAAAUUAUAUCUAUCGGACCGACUCAAUGUACACCUACUAUCUUAAAAUGGCUAUCAAUUAACUAAAAAUGAUCACUUAUAAUUUUAAAAUGAUCAUUAUAGUCUGAGAGAGUUGGAAUAAUCAUUUAUAAGUUAUAUCCUUUUUAGGGUAUCACUUGCAAUCAAGCAUAAUGGAGGAUUUUCCAAAAUCAAGUGGGGACUACACGUUAAUGAGAGUGGGUACCCCAAACCAUAUCACUUCGUUUGCUCUGAGCACGCGUGAUUGAUGGCAAUGUACACACAUCAUUUCCUAUUUCUUAGAAGUAUUUCUUAGUGGGUGCUCCAUAACAUAUCACUUUCUUUGCUCAGUACCGUGAUUGAUGGUCUCAUGGGUGUUUAGUGGACCGCAUAAGGACCGGCUCGGGUUUACGUAAAUAUGGGUCGGGUUGGAUAAUGACCUUUUUAACUAUGGGCUUUAAAUGGACAGAACAUUCACGCACCAACCCGGCUCAUUUUUGUUACUAAAGAUUAUUUAAAACCCCAUUUUAUCAAUUUAUUACAAUUAAAUUAUCAUUUAUAAUAAUUAAAUUGAAAAAUAUAUAUAAUCCCCAUUGACAUUGUCAUUUAUAAUAUUUAAAUUAUACACUAAUUAUACUAUUUACAAAGAUCUUUUCAACCCUUAUUGAGCCCUUUUAAAUUAUAAUAAAGCCCGUUUUCGGUCCGAACCUUCUAAAAACAGACCGGAUAAGAAUUCAAAAUGGGGGCUCAAUCCAGUGAACACACUAUAUACACACUUCAAUACCUAUUUCUUACGCCUUAUCCUAAACGAUUUUCUCCUCUAAACUUUCCCAAAGGUAUUAUCUUUUACUUUUUCUGUUUUCAAAUGUUCUUCCCAUUUAUUUUUUUCGCAAAUCUCAAUGUAAAUUUUAAUAUCAGAUAAUUUUAAUUGUGAGUUUUUAAAAAUUUUAAAAAUUUAAUAUUUAGAAAUUAUAUAUUGAGACAAAUCUAACAAGAUUCCACAUGAAUAUGUUUUUUCUUAUAAAAUUUAACACUAAAAUUCAUAAAUUCUAUUUGAGAACAUGUGAAAAUGGAGGGAUAUUUGUUUAAUGGUUGAGUUAGUGCUAGUCUUAUCAGGCAACACCGAUGACAAUGAUAUUAUUAAAGUUAAAGGACUAUAACCAUUAUAUAAAAAAGAUAUGAGAAGCUGUAUUAUUCAUCCAAAUAAAACCCUCAUUUCUCUGCUUUCAAUUUCUUGAAAUCUAACCACAAUGGCUUCUGGUAUUUUUACUUUCUGCUGUGCAAACUCUGCUUAGUGCACUACAGAGUACGGAGCUAAGAGAACUCUGUUCCACGUUUAAGUAUGAAUCUCAACUUGCAGCCCUUGAGCAAACUGUCGAGACCAUCAAUGCUAUUUUUCUUGAUGUUGAAAACAAAUAUGAUCAACUCAACAAUCAGGGGAAAGAUUGGCUUGCCAAGCUCAAGGAUAACCAAUUACUUUUCACUACUAAUACUUCUAGGAAGAUCAAAAUGAUUAGAAAGAAGUUGGAUAGCAUUGCUAGAGAUCGUACUCAGUUUGGCCUUAGUGAUGUAUACAUACCCGUGAAGAUGAGAGAGGAUACCUUUUCUUAUGUUCAUGAGACUAGUAUUAUUGGGAGAGAUGCAGAUCGCGAGGCCAUAAUGGAUAUGUUGUUGCAAGGCUUAGACUCUUCAAUAGUAGAUGUCGAGGAUAAUAUUUCUUUUGUGACAAUUGUUGGAAUUGGAGGGCUUGGGAAAACUGCACUGGCCCAACUAGUGUUUAAUGAUGACAGGAUUAAGAGUAAAUUUGAAUUGAGCAUUUGGGUGUGUGUCUCAGAAGAAUUUGGUAUAGAAGAAACACUUGCUAAGAUGCUAGGAAAGAGAGCUUAGAAGAGAACAGGUGCACGGGAAGGUUCGUAGACUAAUUGAAGGGAAAAGGUAUUUUCUUGUUCUAGAUGAUGUUUGGAAUGAAAGUCGUAAUGAAUGGGCUAAAUUGAUGGAAUCUUUGCUUCUAGGUGCAAGGGGAAGUAGAAUUAUUGUUACUAGUCGCUCAAAGAAGGUGGCGAGAGCGAUAGGAGAUGAUCCUAUGUAUGUGCUGCAAGAUUUGUCUGAUGAAGGUUCUUGGCAAUUGUUUGAGAGGAUAGCAUUUAGCAAACAGAGUCGACAACAGGUAGAUAACGAACUUGUUGAAAUCGGUGAAGACAUUGUGAAAAAAUGUGCAAAUGUUCCCUUGUCUAUAAGGGUAAUAGGCAGCAUGUUGUAUGAUCAAGAUAAAAGCAAGUGGCGAUUGUUUCAAAAAAUGAACUUGGCUGAUAUGGGGGAAGGUGAGAAGAGCAUCAUGCCAAUAUUGAAGUUUAGCUAUUAUCAUCUUACUCCGCAAUUAAAGAGUUGUUUUAGCUAUUGUGGGCUCUUUCGUAAGCAUUAUCUUAUUGAAAAAGAGAUGUUGAUCAAUUUGUGGUUUGCACACGGUUGUCUUAAACCUUUGAAUAGCAAUUGGAGUAUAGAUGACGUUGACGAGGAGUGUUUCUCAAUUUUAUCUCAGAGAUGUUUCCUUCAAGACAUCCGAAAGGAUAUGUACGGUGAAAUCAACUUUUGCAAAAUGCACGAUUUGAUGCAUGAUCUCGCACUACAUGUAGCGGGAAAGGAGUUAAACUUGAUGUUGGAGCCUACCACAAGCCCUUUUGAUAAAAAUAAUCGUCAUCUCUCUGUUGCUGUUCGACGACGUUCUCUCUUCAUUCAAAUGAUGUUUUUAGCAAGAUUAAAGCGCUGCGCUCAUUUUUUCGGCCUCCCUCUAUCCAUUCUUUGGAAUGUGAAUCAUAUGUGUUGACAAUGCUGUCAACUUGUAGGCGUCUAAGGGUAUUGGGAUUGAAUGGGAUUAACAUAGAAGUUAUACCAAGAACAUUGAGCAACAUAUCACAUUUAAGUUAUCUCGAUCUUUCUGGCAAUCAUGUCGUUGAGAUGCUUCCUGAAUCAAUUACUAGACUUCAUAAUCUACAAGUCUUGUGCUUACGCUCAUGUUGGAAUUUAAAAGAGUUACCCAAGGACUUGAGCACUCUAGUCAAUUUGAGACAGUUGGAUAUAUCCUAUUGUAAUAAUUUGGGUCAAAAGCCUGUUGGAAUGGAGACCCUUACUAAUCUGUGCAAAUUGGCAAGGUUUGUACUGGGUGCAGUUAGCUCCAAGCAGGCCCAUAUAGGUCAACUUAGAGAUUUAAUCCCUUUAAAUAACCUUAGAGGGCAACUUGAAAUUUAUUUUAGGAAAGGUUAUAUGUAUGACACCACAAGCACUGAGGAGGAAACGUAUCUGUUAAACAAGAAACAUAUCAAGGAAUUACGCAUAGUCGAGGAAGAUUUACAUUUUCAUAGAGAUCCAUUUGUUAUCGAUGAAAGAUUAUUAGGCAGGCUGGAACCCCAUUGUGAUCUUAUGAAGAUAUCAAUUGACAGAUAUACAGGCAUCAAAUUGCCAAGUUGGGGAGUUACUCUUGGAAUAUCUUUCCCCUUACUUGUCAAGGUUUCUCUGAAGCAUUUUCCGAGGUUGCAACAUCUACCGCCUCUUAGUCGACUUCAACAUCUGAAAUAUCUUGAACUCCGACACAUGCUUUUUUUGGAGUACAUGGAAGAGGGUGAUAAUGUAGCAGUUGUAACUUCUUUUCCAUCACUUGAGGAGCUCAUCCUCGAUGAUUUGCCAAACAUGAAAAUUUUCCCCAAAUGUCCACACGUGAAGAAAUUUCUUGUGUAGACUUGAUGAAUCACUAACUUUUAAUGGUUAUGCAAGUGCAAGCUCAACAUCGUCUAGUUUUCGUGUGGCAGAUGAUGCUAUUGUUGAUUUGAAGAGUUUACUAAUAGACAACGUGAUGUUGCUGACUUCCCUUUUCGGAGAGUCUCUACGAAGCAUUCGUGAUCUCACUUUGAGCCAUUUGGAAGUGGAGGAUUUAGAGUUUUGGACAAGUGCUCCAUAGACAGACAUCAUUCAUUCGAAACUAUUCAUCAUAAACUGCCGUAACCUAAAGAGAUUCUCAUGGGGUAGAAUAGAGCAUCUCGACAAUUUGAUAAAACUGAUAAUUAUGAGUUGUCACAAUUUAGAACUAGAAAACGAGGAAGCGAUGCCUUGGACAACACUUCAUUCCCUCUUAGUCUUAAGAUUGGGUAAUGUUGAUCAGAUGGUAAGUCAACCAAGUGGAAUUAAAUACUUGAAUUCCCUUCGAUCCAUUGAUAUUUGCUUUUGCGGAAAUUUUGAGAUCUUCCCAGAAUGGAGUCAGAGUCUUACGUCUUUGAGAGCACUUAUAAUUCAAUUUUGUCCUAAACUGAAGUCCCUGCCAGAAUACAUCCUCCCAUCCCUCACUGAACUUUAUAUAAAUAACUGAAAUUCUAAAGGAAAGAUAUGGUGAACCAAAUGGAAAAGACUGGUCUAAAGUUGGUCACAUCCCUCGUUUAGACAUACACUAAUUUGUACUCUCUUAGUCCCUCACAAUUGGCACAACUUUCUAUUUCAGUUUUUCUACUGAAUUUGCACUCUUUUUUUUUUGACAAUGUUUGUAUUCUCUUUUUUUUUAAUCUCAUUUACUAAUUUAUUCUCUCUCCAUCUGAACUACUUGUGUCUAUCAUCUAAAUCCUAUUAUUCAAAAUAUUGCCAUCUUCAUCUUUAUGGUCA